AGUCUACACUGCUAUAUAAUCCAGUUAAAAUAGAUAAUUUGUAUUUUAUAGGCAGUGUGGAAGAGGCCUAAGUGAGGCCUAACUCUGCCUGUCCCCUGGGCUGAGUGGGUUGCUAGGAGACCAAGUGGGCGGAGCUUAGCCUUCUAACUGGCAGCAAUUGGAUAAAAACAAUUAUUCCUCUCCCUCUAAUUAGGAGUUUAUUUUUCUUUUCUUUUUGUUGUAUGAAUGUAGAGGCAUGGAUGAGGGGUUGUGCUGCCAGGUUUAGUGUUUCUGGGAUGUGUAGUUUUGUUGUUUUGUCCUAGGCCGAAAUUUCAUUACCCUUUUAUAUAUAUAGAUCUCAUUAAUUCCCAGGUUAAAAUGGCAUCAACAUAUACAAAAUCAUUCCUAGUACUAGAUUAUUCCCUGUGUCUAUGAGAGCGCUUUUGCCAAGUUCAGCAGAGCAGGAAAUAGGCCUCAGAUUUGUGCUGGAGACCUAGACUUUCCUAGAGUGAAGCCCAGUUUUUUUUUUAAAGGGCUUUUCAUUUGAGAUUUUCCCAAGGUUUUGUCCCUAACACCAGCAAAUGUGUUGACUGACUGUGGCUUUUGUUUAGUGCACUUUGUCCUUAACUUGACCUGAGCCAUCUUGGCUCUCAUCCCGGGAGAAAGCUGGGAGAGGAAUCCAAUAAAGAGAGGAAGGACAUAAACACAGAGUCGGUUCCAAAGUUCUGAAACAGACAUGAAUUGCUGCCGUUGACUGAACUAAUCUUGCCUCGCCUUUUCCCUUGGAUUUUGGAGUUUGGAGACUGUCUCUGGACUUCAUUCGUUCUGCUGCUGGAGAGAGAAAGAGCUUCUCUUUCUUUGUGUCUUUCUGCCACAAAGGAAAGAGAAGGAGGCCGAGGGGCCAUGGAUGUUUUGGGGACCACGGCCAUCUUCUUGGUGGUCUUCCUGGUCCUUCUGGUGUCCUGGAGGAAAGUGGAGGCCCGGAGGAGGAACUGGCCACCGGGACCAACCCCUCUUCCCAUCAUUGGAAACCUCCUCCAGCUGAAGGGCUUCAACAUUUCAAAACAUCUGAAGAAGCUGAGCGCAACAUACGGCCCCAUCUUCACAGUGUUUUUCGGCUCAGAUCAGAUGGUGGUCGUCUUUGGAUACGACUUGGUGAAGAAAGUUCUUGUGGAAAAGGGCGAUGAGUUCCUCAACCGGGGAAGUUUGCCAUCGGCAGAAAAGGCCAGCCGAGGACUUGGUGUGUUAAUGUCCAACGGUGAGCGAUGGGUCCAGCUUCGCCGCUUCUCACUCAUGACCUUGAGGAACUUUGGGAUGGGGAAGAAAAGCAUUGAGGAACGGAUCCAGGAGGAGGCCCAGCAUUUGGUGAAGGCUCUCAGGGAGACCAAGGGCCAACCCUUGACCUCAUCCAGCAUUUUCAACUGCGCCACUGGGAACGUGAUCAGCCACAUCCUCUUGGGUGACCGGUUUGACUACCAGGAUAAGGAGUACCUCCGAAUCAUCAAUAUCCUCACCUAUGGCUUCCGAAUGGAAAGCAGUUUAGUAGGACAGCUCUAUAACAUGUUCCACUGGAUCAUUGACUACUUCCCCGGCCCUCAUCUAAAAAUAUUGGAAGAGGCCUUCAGCAUCCAGGGCUUCAUCAACCAGAAGAUCGAGGAACACGUCAAAACCUUUGAUGCUACGGAUGUGCCUCGGGACUUCAUAGAGGCCUUCCUCCUCAAAAUGGAGCAGGAGAAGAAUAAUCCCAAGACUGAAUUUACUACAGAGAAUCUGACGAUGACCAUUAACGACCUGUUUGUUGCUGGGAUGGAGACCACCAGCACCACCCUGAGGUUCAUCCUGAUGCUCCUGCUGGAACACCCGGCGGUGGCAGCGAAGGUCCAUGAGGAAAUAGACCAAGUGAUUGGUGGGGAGCGGAUGCCCACCAUGGCGGACCGCUCCAGGAUGCCCUACACGGAAGCCACCCUCCACGAAGCCCAGCGGUUUCUCGAUCUCAUUCCCUUAGGACUGGCCCGCAGGGCAAGAAGGGACGUGGAACUGGAAGGAUUUGUCAUCCCAAAGGGUGCGACUGUCCUUCCCAUGCUGACCUCUCUCUUGAACGAUGCCAAGCAGUUUAAAAACCCACACCGUUUUGACCCGGAACAUUUCCUGGAUGAGAAAGGGAAUUUUAAGAAGAACGGAGCUGACGUGCCUUUCUCUGCAGGCAAAAGGAACUGUCUUGGCGAAGGACUGGCCCGGAUGGAGCUCUUCCUCUUUGUCACGACCAUCCUGCAGAAUUUCCGCCUGAAGUUCCCUCCGGGGGUCACCAAGAUCGACCUCACCCCGGACGUCAGUGGCUUCCUGAAUAUCCCGCGCCAGGUGCCCUUCUGCUUCUCCCCACGUUGAGGAGCCUUCUCUGCUGCCAUGAAGUUCUCAUGAAGUUCUCUCCUCAGUGUUGAUGCUGCCAUUCUACUCUUCAUUGGGAAGUAAAAAAAAAAAGGACUAGAGAUAUACGAACAGUGCGCAUCAAUUUUCUCAAAACCAAAUCGAUCUUACCCAAGACAUAGGUGGCUUCCUGAACAUCCCAUGCACAUCCUGUUCUGAGCAGCUCAUUUCGUCCCAUGAAGUUCUCAUGAAAUUUUAUCCUUGUUGUAGAUGUUGCCAUUUUACUUAGAGGACUCUUGUAACUCGGUUGCCAUACUUUGGCUCACCUCAACUGCAUCCACUUCAGAUUUCUGUUCUCCACUCAUUGCCACCUGGUCCUCUCCUCGUGGCUAGAAAAUGGAUGCCAAGCUUUGACCCCAUUCAGUCUCCCCGAGCCCAGUAGAUGUGGCAACCAACGGCACGAAGCAUCCAUUCCAGGACCUUGGGGGCUACCACGGGAUUGUGGGACAGACAUGGAGGGGUUGAGGAGGCUGAGGGUGAAUGGGAGCCCAGGGCCAUUGGGACUCUCUGUGGUGAGGUUGUUAUACAUUUUGAACCUAAAAUGUUCUUUGAUCUGAGACUGGGACAGUUUCCCAGACUCAUGGAGAACUCAAGUGGACACACAUGGAUGUUAUAGUUGUUUUAUUGAUUACUCGGGUAAGGGGAAAUAUCUCAUUCACACUGCCAUUCUCCUUUCAUACUCAACAAGUACACCUGUCUCUUCUCCGAGUUGAUAAUAGAAUCAUAGCAUUAGAAGAUAUCCCUAGAGGCCAUCAAGUCCAAACCCUUGCCAUGCAGGAAAAGCAGAAUCAAAGCACCCCACACAGAUAGCCAGCCAGCCUCUACUUAAAAAGAUAGUGGGUGGCAGGUGUUGCAGUGGUGACAAGUCUGGCACACCUUCAGCCUGGAAAGUCUCUUACUUGUAUAGGGUUCCUACACCUCUCCAGCCAGGUGUGGCUUGUACAACACUUGUUAGAAAUUGUUCUUUACCACAGAGGUGCAUCUUCAACUCGCUUUAUGGGUGGAUCUACACUGUAGAAUGAAUGCAGUCUGACCGCACUUGAACUGCCAUGGCUUAGUGCUAUGGAAUCAUGGGAGUUGUCAUUCGACAAGGUCUUUAGGCUCCUCUGCCAAAGACUUACUUACUUACUUACUUACUUACUUACUUACUUACUUACUUACUUAGGCGAUCCCUCGUAGGUCGAGGAUGAUGGUCCUCUGUUUCCGAUGUCUUGGGUGUGUGUCCGCAGGUGACUGAAGAGACCUAUUCUUGACCCGCACGUUCUCCCGCAGUGAGGACAUCAGUUUCCAGGUGGAAGGCGGUCCUGGUCAGGGUUGGCUUGACGCUCCUUCCUCUUGGCACGUUUCUCCCUUAAGCCCUCCAUUCGUGCCUCUUCGAACUCCGCAGCACUGCUGGUCACAGCUGACCUCCAAUUAGAGCGCUCAAGGGCCAGGGCUUCCCAGUUCUCAGUGUCUAUGCCACAGUUUUUAAGGUUGGUUUUAAGCCCAUCUUUAAAUCUCUUUUCCUGCCCACCAGCAUUACGUUUCCCGUUCUUGAGUUCGGAGUAGAGUAGUUGCUUUGGGAGACGGUGAUCGGGCAUUCGGACGACAUGUCCAGUCCAGCGGAGUUGAUGGAGUAGGAGCAUUGCUUCAAUGCUGGUGGUCUUUGCUUCUUCCAGCACGCUGACAUUUGUCCGCCUGUCUUCCCAAGAGAUUUGCAGGAUUUUCCUGAGGCAACGCUGAUGGAAACGCUCCAGGAGUUUGGUGUGACGUCUGUAGACCGUCCACGUUUCACAGGCGUAGAGCAGGGCUGGGAGGGGAAUGGCUUUGUAAACAAGCCCCUUGGUCUCUCUACGGAUGUCCCGGUCAUCAAACACUCUCUGCUUCAUACGGAAAAAUGCUGCACUUGCAGAGCUCAGGCGGUGUUGUAUUUCAGUGUCAAUGCUAACUUUUGUGGAGAGGUGGCUGCCAAGGAAGCGGAAAUGGUCAAUGUUUUCUAAUGUGACACUAAACUGCCAUGGCUCAGUGCUAUGGAAUCAUGGGAGUUGUCAUUCGAUAAGGUCUUUAGGCUCCUCUGCCAAAGAAUGCCCUACCAAACUACAGAUACCAGGAUUCCACAGCACUGAGUCGGUGCAGUUAAAAGUAGCAUCCGAUUGCAUUAAUCCUACAGUGUAGCUGGGCCCUAAGUCUAUCACAGUUAUACUGCAACUUCUUCUUAGUCUUAAAGGCACUUCGAGAUCUAUUUGCAUAUGGUUCUAACGAGGGUCAGAUGAAAUAUCUUGCCCUCUGCUUGGAUUAGAAGGAGGAUUUGUCUCGUAUUUCUGCUUCUUUUGUAAACUGGGGGAGUGUUUUUGAAUUUUUUGCAGGAUCAGAGAAAGGGAACUCCAGGUGGACUUUGGAGCUAAGAUCCACAUAAACAAAGUGUCUUCCAAUUUCUCCUGUACGCUAUAUUUCCUCUCUGUUUGCAAAAUACUGCUCAAUUAAGCUAGUUCAUAUAUCUGAAAUACUAUUGAUCAUUUUUGCCGAGUGUUAGGAAAUUUAUUUACUUCAUUUCUACCCCACCUUUCUCGACCCUGAAUAGACUCAAGGCGGCUUAGAAAUACGGCAAAAAUUGAAUGCUGUAUCGGUACAAUAAAACACACCUGAUCAAAAUAUAAAUAAUCUAAAUAAAUAAGCAAUGAAAACACAUAAACCAAUCAAACAGAUUAAAACCAUAUAAAAUCUCAUGUCCAAAUCGUUUUCCAAAUCCAUAAAUCUCAUUAAGGGAGAUUGAGGGAGAUUUUCACAGUUCUGAGUCUAUUCUGCAGAAAAUUCACCCAUGCAUUUUUGUGCAGAAAACAGUAUUUUGGACAUAGAAUUUUGUUUGUUUCUUUUUUGCACUGACAAUACAGGGAAAUACUUAUUAUUUUGCAGAUAAUAAGUAUUGUGAGUGUUCUUUGUUCAACCUGCCGUUCCUACUUCUAUGGGGGUCCUUGCCCUUAUGCCCAGCAAGUGUGGAACCUCCUUCUCAUUUGCAUGGAAACUCUGUUCUUCACUUGACAUGUGCCAACUUGACUCCAAUUCCAAGACAAAGUUAGGAAAUCGAUCGGGUAAAUAAAGGAGGAAUACAAAUAUGG